GACAACUUGACAUCUGUCUAGGCCGGAUAUAUCAUCCAACCCAUCAAAACCAACUCCCAAUACUACCUUACUUUGGCCCCGAGAAAAAAGUUUUAUGUAUCCCAGACCCCCACAAAAACCCACCCCACGAAUUUAGACGUAGCUUGUAUAAUGACAACCCACCCGAUCUACCUGAUCGCCGAAAGCGGCCUCCCGCGCGACCACCACGCCCUCUUCGUCGAGACUCACGAGAACGGCCCCUCCACCGGCCAUAUCUACCACGUCAAAGGCAACAUCCAAGAAGGCAUGAUCUUCGAGCACCGUGCUGAGCUGCCGCCGGAGGAAAUCCCGGGGUUCUGUGGCAAGGAGAAGCUGGGUGUGGUCGCGGUUGCGGAGUACGGACGCGUCUUGGGGAUCUGUGAGGGUGUGCCGGUGCCCAAGAAGCAGUUCCAAGGGGCGAGGAGGUUGUAUCCGCGGGAGCCGUUGAGACGAUGUCAGGAGUGGGUUGCUGAGGCUGUUGAUGCUUUGAAAGGAGAAGGAGUCUUGGUUGCGAGUGACUAAUAGCUUAGUGG